AUGACAGAACAAAAGAAAAAACAUUCUUUGCAAACUAUUUCAGCUGUCAAUCGGCACACGGGAUUUUCUGUUUUUGUAUUUGAUGACUCGUCUUUUACACCGCCUUAUGGAUAUGGAGAAAAAGUCUAUUCCCACAAUCCUUCUACGUGCCCACAGGUAGAGAUGAAUAUAACAGUCAAUAAAGUGACUCAAGGAAUAGCUCUGUAUAAUUCAAAGAAUCCUCCCUUGGACACAAACUGCACAGAAUAUGAACCGACAUUUGCUACCAUUGAAAUAUGCGAAGUACUUGUUAUAGAAAACAUCGCCUUAAAUAUGGAGUAUAAAGGCAUUGCUUCAAAUAGUUAUCCAUUUGUUGGAAAAUAUGCUGCAGACAAAGCUGUAGAUGGACACCUUCAAGAGAAAAGUGGUGAAGAUACCUGUAGUUUUACACAGGCUGAAGUAUCAAAAACAGCAUGGUGGAAGUUUACUCUGAGACGGUUGGCUAACAUAGCAUACUUACAAAUCUACUUUAGAAAAGGCACUGUGAAUCGCCAUACAGGGUUCUCUGUGUUCGUAUUCAAUGAAUCAUCAUACACACCACCGUCUCAUAAUGGAGCAAAAGUGUUCACUCAGAAUCGGUUAUCUUGUCCAUCGCAGGAGAUGAGAGUGGAUGUUAAUAAAUUGGCCAAGGGAAUAGCAAUCUUUAACUCAAAGGACCCUCCGCUAUCGACAAGUUGUGAAGGAUAUGAACCAUCUUUUGCUACCACUGAGGUCUGUGAAGUAAUGGUUAUGGGGUGUAAAUCUCAUCAUUACGGAGAACCCUGUGUGUCAUGCUCAACGAAGUGUUUAAAUAGACAGUGUGAUGUUGAUGAUGGAUCUUGUAUUUAUGGCUGUAGUGCCCGCUUUAUGAAUCCACCUGGUUGUUCUAUUUGUAAUAUUGGCUAUUAUGGACAAAAUUGUGAACAUAUGUGUGGUAAAUGUAAACCUGGAACCUACUGUAACAACAUCACAGGAAUCUGUCCAAAUGGAUGUCAAAACCGCUGGAAUGGAUUAAAAUGUGACGUGUGUAAAAAUGGUUAUUACGACAUCAAUUGCACAAGGACAUGUGGUCAUUGUAAACCAGGAACAUAUUGUCAUAAUAUAACGGGGAUUUGUCCAGAAGGAUGUGAUGAUCACUGGAAUGGUUCUCAAUGUGACAGUAUGUGCAAUUCAGAAAAUCUAUAA